AUGGUAUUGUUAAAAGUAAUUCCUACCAAUAAAGACGAGGUUAUAACGACAGCGAAAUCAUUACUUACUAUAAUACUUAAUUAUUUCCCAAGAUACACUUUAAAGUCUAUUGAUACUCUACCAAUUAAUGUAGAUGAAAGAUUACCAUGGCUUCCAACUAUUUUAUUAUCAUUCCAACAUGUUUUGGCAAUGUUUGGUGCUACUGUAGGCUACCCAACCAAUACUGCCCUUUUAUUUAGUGGUGUAGGUACAAUUAUAUUCUAUAUCUGCACCGGUGGUAAAGUUCCAUCUUAUUUAGGUUCAUCAUUUGCAUUUGUCGGUGUAGUAAAUGCUGCCACAGGUUAUGUCCCAGGUAGUGGACCCAAUCCAAACAUUCCAUUGGCUUCAGGCGGUAUUGUAAUUUGCGGUUUUAUUUAUUUGGGUAUUUCACUUAUUGUAUUAAUUGCAGGUCAUGCAUGGCUCGAAUUUUUAACUCCUCCAGUUGUAACGGGAUCGGUAAUUAUCUCGAUUGGUCUUCAUUUAGCAAAUAAUGCCGUAAAUCAAGCAAAUACUUCAGGUUUUGAUGCAUGGAUGGCUUUGGUAACUGUUUUUGUUGUAGUACUUUGCACAUGUUAUGGUCCAGGUCCAUUGAAAAGAUUACCAAUUCUUGUAGGUGGUGUAACAGGUUAUCUUGUUUAUUUAUUCUUUGGUCUAGGAGGUGUAGGUCCAGGUAUUGACUUCACUAUUGUAAAGGAUUCAAAAUGGAUUGGUGCACCUGCAACCGCCACACCAAAAUUCGAUGGUACCUACGUCUCAUUAAUUGCACCAGCCGCUAUUAUUUUAGCUGCUGAAAAUAUAGGUCAUUUAAAAGCUGUAGCAACAAUGAGCAAUAGAAAUAUGGAUAAACUUUUAGGUAGAACUUUUCUUGGUGAUUCCAUAGCAACAAUUAUUGCUGGUGCAUGUGGAAGUAUUGGUACCACAACCUAUGCCGAAAACAUUGGUGUAAUGAGUAUUACCAAAAUCUUCUCAACAGUUUCUUUCCUUGUUGCCGCUGUUAUUGCUAUCAUUUUAGGUUUCUUACCAAUAUUUGGUGCUGUGGUUCAAACUAUUCCUCAAGGUGUAUUUGGUGGCCUUUCUAUUAUUUUAUUUGGUAUUACUGCUAUGACUGGCUGUAAAUUAUUUAUUGAAGCAAAUGUAGACUUUUCAAAGCCAAGAAACUUGUUAACUGCUGGUAUUUCAAUUGUAUUGGGUGUUGGUAUGAUCAAUGUUGUAGUCGAAUGGGGUACAUUAAAAAUCGAUGGUAUUGGUGUUGCCACCUUUUCAGCCAUCUUCCUCUACCAAUUACUAAAUGAAAAUUGGGGCACAAUCUUUAGAAAAGCUUUGACCAAAAUCACUGGUAGAAAUUUUAUGAAAACUCACAAAGGCCAAUACGAUGAACAACAAAACGAUUUAACAGAUUCACAAAUUAGAAAUGAUUCGGCUGUAAUUGAUAUGAACAAAUUCGAUAAUAAUAACAAUAACAGCAUUAGUAAUAACGAUAACGAAGUUACAAAAGGAUUUAAUGACAAUGCAGUUGUUGUUUUAGAUAAAUAA